CAGAAAGUAUACGAGUGUCCAAUCAGCCGCGUCGUUAAUCCCUCUCUCUCCUCUAUCCUUCACCGGCCGCUAUAUAAUUCGGGAAACAUAACGCUCGCCAUCCCACCUGUCCUAACGCCUCCACCCAUCACGCCCUCGCGCCCUAAAUCGACAGGGAGAGAUCGCUCUCCCAGCCCCUCUAGAUCUAACUCCACGCGCGUAUUAAAACCCCUAAAGAUUCUGUGUCUCUAGCGGACCUUUGAGCAUUUAUUGUUGUCCAUAUAAAGUAGUGAUGGAUCGAGGUCCCCUCGCCGAGGAUUAUUGGGUUGGGGUCAGGACCGACGGCAGAGCAGCGGCGGCGCCGCGGCGGAGGAUGGCCGAACCCCGGCAAUGACAUGGCUGCCUCCGCCAGCUCCCAGCACCGCUGCGUCUUCGUUGGGAACAUACCUUAUGAUGCCACGGAGGAGCAGCUGAUACAGAUAUGUGAGGAGGUUGGCCCCGUGGUGUCUUUCAGGCUAGUAUUGGAUAGAGAAACUGGAAAGCCCAAAGGUUAUGGGUUUUGUGAGUACAAGGAUGAAGAGACAGCUCUUAGUGCUCGUCGCAAUCUUCAGGGCUAUGAAAUAAAUGGCCGUCAGUUACGAGUUGAUUUUGCAGAAAAUGAUAAAAAUGCUGACAGAAACAGAGAACAGGGUCGUGGUGGACCAGGGUUGACAUCAAGUAUUGAUGCUCAGAAGCAAUUAGGUGGACCCCCUAUCCUUGGGGAUUCAAGUCUUCAUCAACCUAUAGGUCCGCCAUUAGCUGCAACAGCUGCAUCUCUGAUGGCUGGAGCUCUAGGUGGAGCUCAGACUUCUAGUGUCCAAAGUGGUUUACAAAGCCAGUCUGGAAUGGGAAAUGAUCCCUUGACCCAUUAUCUGGCUAGGAUGUCUAGACGCCAAUUAAGUGAAAUUAUGUCUGAGAUAAAGGCUCUGGCUACUCAAAGCAAGGCACUGGCUCAACAACUACUGCAAGGGAGUCCGCAGCUACCAAAGGCUCUCUUUCAGGCACAGAUAAUGCUUGGCAUGGUGACACCACAAAUGAUGCAAAUGGCCAAUAGUCAGCGAUCAUCAACUUCGGCCCCCCAACCUUCAUCUCAUCAUGGCCAAACACCUUCACAAAUGGGUGCACUGGUUGGAAUGUUGUCUAGGCUACCUGAAAGUCAGAUGUCCAAUGUACCACAAAACCCAACAAUUUUACAUCAAUCCGCAAUUCCACUGCCCAAUGUCCCUGUUCAACCUCCAUAUCAGGACCCUGUGCCACCACAAACCCAAGCUCUCCAUCAGGGAACAAUAUCAGGCAAAUCUGGAGCUACCAUAACAUCAUCAAUACAUCCCCACCCUCUCCGUUGCCCUUCUAUUCAGGCAAAUCCACCUUUACCAGCAUCCAAAGGUCUCAUACCACAGAUUCAGCCCCCUCUUCUACAGCAACACCCUAGACCAAUUGGAGCUACACCUUUGCCUCAUCCCCAGCUGGCACUCCCGAACACAAGCAUCCAGCAAUCACUUUUGCCUCAUCCUCCAAUAUCUCAGACUGGCUCAUCAAAUUACCAAUUGCCAUUGGGUCAACUGGAGAUGCUUUCAAAGGAAGUCGGCACAUCUGCUUUGGUUAGCCAUGAUCCAACUCAGGCAUCCAGAACUAGCACACAAAGUUUGGGCGUGGGUUUGAUGGAGCAAACAGGAAUGCCAGGUGAUACAUUAGAAUGCAUAAGUCAUCCUUCAAAAAUACGUAGACUGGAAGAUGGAAGUGGUGCUCCCCAGUUGAUGAAUAGCUACUCUACUUCAAGUAAACCUAGUUCAGCUCAAACAAUUGGUACUUUCUCAGUAUCUGUGAGUCAAAUGAUAGGUGUUGAUGGGCUGCAACAUUCACAGAAACAGAUGCCUCAGUUCAUGAAAUCUGCGAGAAUUGUUAUGGGAGCAGCCUAGCAGGAGCUAAAGUACAAAUCAACAAUGGAAGCAAAGACAUCUUACACCAGAAGUAGAGUCAGUUCUUCUGCAGCAAGUACUGAGUCUAACACCUGAGCAGUUGAGUUCACUACCUGUAGAGCAGCAGCAGCAAGUGCUUCAACUCCAACAGAUGUUAUCAAUGAGCAAGUAGUGUAACUGUAUACUGAUCCCUCAAUGCCCUCGGCCAAGCAUGGGCAAGAUGCAUGGACACAUGCACAAAGGCAGGAUACCAGAUCUAUUUCAGAUUUUCAUUUUCCAUCAAAUAUAUUUGUGCAUGCAGUCUUCAAUGUAUAAAUGCGAUGAGAAAAGCAUAAUAGUCCAUGCAAGGCUCGCUUCGUUGCUUCAGUGUAGAGUACAAUUCAUUGCCAUUCAAGGAAAAGCAUGGAGCUCUCUUUUAUCUAUUCUUGCAACUUUGCACCUGUGUGGAUAUACCCUUUUAUUGUCCCCUGAAAUUAAUGCAAAGCAGUAUCAGAUGGAAGAAGAUUGAACCUACAAAUUUUCUUUAGUGGUGUAUCCCUGCUUCGAUCCUAUCUAUGGUAAGCCCUACUUGACCAUCAUGGUUCCUACGAAUACAGGUUUUGGCGGUUUUUGAUGCCUCCAGCAUCCACAUGGUUCAUUUUAGAAGUAACAUUGCCUAGUAAAAUCUGGAAUAUUGCAGUUUGCAUGAUCAUAUUGUUAGGCUUGUUUGGCUUUGAACUUGUUGGCAUCUGGUGAUAAAUGCAGUGUAUCUGGGUGGUUUACAUUUUAAGAUUAAUGAAGUCUUUUUGCCCCCCCUGUUUGAUGGAAAUAAUGAAGUUAUCAUAUACCUGACAGACGUUAUGGCAUCUGUGAAGCUUGCAGCAUUAUUUCCUGUCUGCAGUCAAAACCAUCCUCCAGAGAUUUUGGGAUUGCCGUUUGGGUUUUAUUAUGAAAUUUGAUUUUUAUAAUUUAUUGGGAACCUUGUUGCUUGCUCUCUCGUCUAGUCUGGAUCAUCUGUUAGGGUGUCUGUUGGGAAAGUCUUGGGUUAUGAGAAAGGUCUGAUACUGGUAAAGAGAUGAUAUUGCACUUUUCAAUUUUAUAUCUUGAUUGUUUUCUUUGGA